UGACUAAGCGGCGACACUGCAUGACGCGUCCGCGUUGUCUUUAUGUCAUAACCACAGAAGAGCGAGCUCAAAGUAAUUUCGCGCACUCGAGAAGCUUGGGCCAUACAACGUAGUUCCUCAGUUGUGAUAUUAUUGGAGUACAUAGGCCUGCUGUUAAUCACAUUACCAUAAAGAAGACAGGCGAAAAUGCAGAAAGAAUGGAAGUUGAUCAGGUUUCACGUUUCCUCUGCUUCAUGGAUCAAGAACAACUUGUCGCACACAUCAGUGCAGAAUUUUCUCCAAGUCAAUAUCCAGCGCAUUCUGAGAAAAUGUGGCCUUUGCUGAAACAUAUCCUUCAGGAAAUGCACUCCAUAUUCACUUCAGAUCUCGUUAAAGGCGGAGUUCUUCUAGAAGUGGGUUGUGGUCCCUGUAUGUAUACGGCUAUGGCAGCGUCAGUGGCAUUCCAGCAUAUCGUCAUGGCCGACCUAGUGCCUGCCAACAUCCGGGAAGUGCGCAAGUGGGUGGACGCUGCGCCCGACGCCAAGGACUGGACGCCGUUCGCAAAGCGUCUUGCCGUUAUCGAAGGACAUGCGGAUGUACAGUGCGGCGCCGGCGAUAUCAUUGCGAGGACGCGCAAUGCAAUUUGCGAAGUGACGCUCUGCGACAUUUCCAAGCCUGAUGUUUUGUUGGGCCCCGCUAAGAAAACACAGUUCGACGCUGUAGUCGCCUGUCUAUGCUUGGACAGCGGCUCAGUGAACCAAGCCGCACACGAGGUGGCAGUAGCCAACCUCACCAAACUGAUAAAACCCGGUGGCGUCCUCGUAGCUUGUGGAGUCAUGGGAAAUCCCAGCUUCACCGUCUGCACGAAAACAUUCUCGUCGCUAAGCUCCAGCGAAGAUUCCAUAAAGAGUUCCUUCACCAAGGCGGGCCUCACCGUGGAGCAUUGGAGCAGCGAAGAAGGCUUACCCAGCAUGCAGCCUUACAUCAGCUACGAAGCCACGUACGUUAUAGUGGGACGCAAGCAGUACGGGGAAAAUGGUACUGUGGUGUAAAACAUAGAUGAUGAUGACUGAAUGCUUGCUCAUAUUGCUAUUAUUUCGGCAAAAUACAACGGAUUGUACAAAUUGUUUUAUGUUUAGAAAAACAUUUUUUUUUCGCGCAGAAGAGCACAACUGGUCAAUGUUCGUUCUGUAAAGGUUUACCUGUGCUAAUAAAAACGUAGUCAGGGAAAGUGAAGAUCAGCAGGUGCGCACAAUCACAGUUGAAAUUUCACUGAAUGAAGUAUGGCAUAUACACAGUGAACAUUUUGGUUGUCGUAAUUAAAACAUCCAUCUGGUCACCUAGCUCAUUUCGCGCUACGUCUUCAAGGUUACGACAUCCGUGUAGUCUAUCAAACAGGCCGCAAGCAUUCAGAUGCCUACGCUGUGAAUUCAGUGUAGUAUGGUAUAGUAGAGUAGUACAGUAUAGUUAUUACAUCCGGCGUUGUCGUUAAUCCAAGGACGUACGCGCGGGGCGUGGUGCUCUAAAAGGACCUAGACUGUCUGGACGCUAAAACGUGUUCAUUCUUACUAUGAAUAAACAUUUCUCCGAGA